CAGGAGAUCUCAUGGUUGGAGGCGUCAGGCUUCACGCAUGAGGAGGUCACCCAAGCUCUCGCUGAGGUGGACGACGAGGACGAGGCCUUCGCGCUGCUGAAGCGGCGACGAGACAAGGAGCUGGAGGCGCCACCUGCCAAGCGGAGGAGGGGCUUCGAGAUCGAUGGCUACUGGUGCACAGCGGAUGCAUCCAGGAUUCGCCUGGUGUUGCCCGACCUGGACUUGGAUGGCCCUGUGGUCGGGCGAGUGCGGGCGGAUGGCAGCAUGACUGUGGACAUUGACGAAUGGGCACGGAGACUGAGAGCUCCCUAUACGUUGCUUUGCCGUGUCCUGUAUCACAUCCGCCCUGUGUUCAAGAGCUAUAUUUCGCCUC